CUCUCUCUCUCUCUCUCUCUCUCUCUCUCUCUCUCCCCAUAGUCUGUACCCGAAGUGGCCAUGACUUGUCAAUAGGCACACCCUCCAUCACACCCAAUUCUUUAUCUUCUUUACAAGUGCUCUAAAUCCAAAGAAACCUUUGCAAGGAAAUUCCUAAUAUGGGUUUAUUCACUUUCCUUUUGCUCUCUCUCUUAGGCCUAGCUUGUUACACCAGUGCAGAAAUCUCACCCCAGAUUGGAGUUUGCUACGGCCAACUGGGUAACAACCUACCCCCUCCACCAAAAUCCGUAGAACUCAUCAAAAACCUUAAAGCCAACAGGGUAAAGAUCUACGAUGCCAACCCAGAAAUCCUCAAAGCCCUCAAAGGCACCGACCUCCAAGUCUCUGUCAUGGUCCCUAAUGAGAUCAUCACCAACAUUUCCUCAAAUCAAACCUUGGCAGAUCAAUGGGUCCUCGCCAAUGUCGUCCCUUUCUACCCAGAAACCAUGAUCCGAUACCUAUUAGUCGGAAACGAAAUAUUGAGUCAACCCGAUACAACAACCUGGUUCAAUCUUGUACCGGCCAUGCGUAGAAUCAAAUACUCGGUCAAAAAAUACAAGCUCCAUAAGAUUAAAGUUGGGACGCCACUGGCUAUGGAUGUUUUAGAAUCAUCGUUUCCACCGUCUAACGGAACAUUUCGAUCCGAUGUAUCGGUGAAGGUCGUGAAACCAUUGUUACAGUUCUUGAACAGAACCAAGUCUUUCUUCUUCCUAGAUGUGUAUACAUUUUUCCCAUGGUCCUCUGAUCCCAUAAACAUCAAGCUUGACUACGCUCUGCUAAUGGCGAAGAACAUUACAUAUACCGAUCCGGUUUCGGGUUUAACAUACACCAACCUGCUCGAUCAAAUGCUUGACUCAGUUGUUUUCGCCAUGAAAAGACUCGGGUAUCCGAAUAUUCGACUUUUCAUUGCUGAAACGGGUUGGCCCAACGGCGGCGAUAUCGACCAGAUUGGCUGUAAUAUUUACAACGCCGCCACUUAUAACCGGAAUGUUGUGAAGAAACUAAUGUCGAAGCCGCCGGUUGGGACGCCGGCACGGCCUGGUACGGUUCUGCCGGCGUUUUUAUUCGCUUUGUACAAUGAGAACCAGAAGCCGGGUCCGGGUACGGAGCGACAUUUCGGGUUGUUGUACCCGAAUGAAAAGAAUGUGUAUGAGAUCGAUUUAUCUGCAAAGACGCCGGAAUCAGAGUAUAAACCGUUGCCGAUUCCGACGAAUAAUGAGCCUUACAAGGGGAAGAUAUGGUGUGUGGUGGCUAAAGGAGCGAAUCGGACGGAGUUGGCGUCGGCGUUGUCGUAUGCUUGUGGGCAGGGUAAUGGGACUUGUGACCCGAUUCAGCCCGGUGGGAAGUGUUACAAACCGAUAAAGUCUUUGGUCCGGCAUGCAAGUUUAGCUUUUAGUUCGUACUGGGCCCAGUUUAGGAAUGUUGGUGGGACUUGUUACUUCAAUGGGCUUGCUAUCCAGACCGCUAAAGACCCAAGUUAUGGAUCUUGCAAGUUCCCAAGUGUUACUCUUUGAAGAAUCAAGACGGUGAAUGUUGGGAAAUAAACAAACACCAAGUGAUUAUUGGCCUUUUGGGAUUCAGAUUUUCUUACCGUACACUUUCCUUCAAUUUUUCUCGAUAAUAAAUCACUUAUCGUAUGUUGGUGGAGGAUUUUCUUAUGCCAAGUAGUAAUCUAACUUGAAUUAAUGACGGGUGAUUUAUUAUCAAAAAAAAAUUGAGAUAAAGUAUAUUAUAGAGAAUCUGAAAAUAGGAGACGUGAACUCCGAUUCCCCUGCAUUAGGAAUAAAAUAGGUCCCCAAUUCAAUUGCUCAUUCUGAUAGAGUCUUCAAGCAAACUUCUAAUGUAUUGUUUCUUCAGGGGCUACUAGUAACGGCUAUUUAUGUAUGUAUUGUGCUCAUACAGUGAUAAUAUUGUUUUGAGGUUGGUGGAUAUCUUUUAUAGGGCAUCCAUCCAACGGCUAUAUAUGGAGUUGUCUUUAUUGUGUCA